CAACCAUCCGUUUUUAUUUUUCCUUUUGUUUGAGAGAGGGAGCCAACCAUGAGUUGACGCCGCAGCCCAGCCAGCCGCGCACGAAAGCAGCAGACCCCUUCCCUCUUUUAUCACUGCCUCCGUCCCCCCCGAGCCCACGCCGCACGCACACAUCCUCUCCUCACCCCCCGAGAUCGGAAUCGGCGCCCACCUCCGCCGCCGCCGCCAUGUCGCCGUCUCUGCUCGGGGGGCUCACCAAGUCGCUGGCCAUGACCGUGCUCUCCGAGGUCGGCGACAAGACCUUCUUCGCCGCCGCGAUUCUGGCCAUGCGCCAUCCACGGAAGCUCGUCCUUGCUGGCUGUCUAUCGGCAUUAACAGUGAUGACGGCUUUAUCUGCUUCUCUUGGCUGGGCUGCACCAAAUCUGAUAUCACGUAAAUGGACUCAUCAUAUCACCACUCUGCUGUUCUUUGUGUUUGGCAUCUGGUCAUUGUGGGAAGGCUUCAAAGAAGAAGGAGAGUCAGAAGAUCUGGCUGAAUUGGAAGCAAAGCUGGAUGCGGACUUUAAGAGUAACAAAGGGGAAUCAAAAAAUAAAUCAAAGGCAACUGAAGAUACAAAGAAAAAGCAAAGGCCAUUUCUCAUGCAGUUCUUCUCGCCAAUUUUUAUAAAGGCAUUUUCCAUCACUUUCUUUGGUGAGUGGGGUGACAAGAGCCAGGUAAGUUGCACAAAGGGACUGUUCUAUUCGCCCCCUUCCAAAGCAACUUUGAUGUUAUUGUUAGAUGAUCUGGUGUAUUCCUUACCCUUUUCUUCUCAGAUUGCUACAAUUGGCCUGGCUGCUGAUGAAAACCCAUUCGGUGUCGUCAUCGGGGGAGUCAUAGCUCAAGCACUCUGCACUACCGCUGCCGUGAUGGGAGGGAAGAGCCUGGCCUCUCAGAUAUCCGAGAAGAUGGUUGAAUUGUCGAGCGGGGUGCUAUUCCUGUUGUUCGGCAUAAUGUCCUUGUUGUCAGGACCAGAAGGGCAAUUGUAAUUUGUCCGGGAACUUCGGCAGGACUCUGCCAGCCAGCAUGGCCUCCUUCCUGGAGUAGUUACCAAGCUUACCUUAUUUGAUGGGUGAUGGCGACGAAAGCCGGCCGUCCUUCACCAACUGGAUGGCGAUUCAUUAGUUUAGUCAACACAUCAUUGUAACACUUGGCUUGCCACUCAUAAAUAACUUGAUGUUACUGAAAUCUCUGCUGAUGGCUUUCCUGUUGGUUCUGAAACCUGGAAAUAUUCAGUAAAAACUGCUGAGAAAUUGCCGUUGAA